AUGGCCGAACAAACCUCCCAAACCAUCAAUCUGAAUUCCUCCACCACAUCACAGACCCAAGAAAAUCCUCCUCCCACUUCCGAUGGCCCUCAAAAUCCCGUUGAUCCGAAUCAAGGAUACUUUAAUCCCUUUUGCAUACACCACAACGAUAACUCCAGUUUGAUAUUAGUCACUGAGCCAUUAACAGAGGAGAAUUAUGUUUCUUGGAGCCGCGGAAUGAUAAUCGGUUUAUUCAUAAAAAACAAGCUUGGCUUUAGUGAUGGUUCUCUUUCCCGGCCAAACGAUGAUUCCCUUCCUUCUUGGAUCAGAAACAACAACAUUGUCAUUUCUUGGAUCUUGAAUUAA